AUGUCUUCAAUUAUUAAACAACAACCAUAUAGUCCAGUAUCAUUUAAUUCAUUUUCCAGUGAUUUUUAUAAUCAUCAACAAUCAAUAACAUCAAUGGAAAAUGAACAAUUAUCACCAACAACAAAUAAUAUAGCAGAAAGUUCUUCAACAUCAAAUAUGGUAACACCAUCAGCUACAACUGAAGGUGGAGGAAGAGGUCAACCUUCUCCAGAAGAUAAGCGUCGUUGUUCUGUAUGUAAUGAUGUUGCUUCUGGUUAUCAUUAUGGUGUAUGGAGUUGUGAAGGAUGUAAAGCAUUUUUUAAACGAAGUAUUCAAGGUACAAAUGAUUAUGUAUGUCCAGCAACGAAUACUUGUACAAUUGAUAAACAUCGUCGUAAAAGUUGUCAAGCUUGUCGUCUACGACGUUGUUAUGAAGUCGGUAUGACAAAAGGUACAGCAAGACGAGAAAGAAAAUAUCGAAAAAAAGCUGUAUCGGUUUGUAAAAUAACAUCAACGUCAUCAAAUUCAAAUGCUACAAUAAAUAAUCAAGAACAUGGAUCAUCAGUAUCAACAACUAAUGCUCGAACAUCAACAAUCACACCUUCGGUAUCUCAAUCGAAUAAUAAUAGUAAUACUUAUUCAUCACACCAACAACAACAACAACAAACUAAUAAGACUACAUCGGACUUAACACGUGUUGCAACAACGACUAAUGAAUUUCUUACAACUCUGUCUCAAGCAUCUCGUUUAAAUUUACCAGCUAAAAUUGAUACAAAUCGUCCAUUAGAUGAUCAAUAUUUUCUUCAAUUACUUGCAAAAGUUUUUGAUCAAGAAUUAGUUGUUCUUAUUAAUUGGGCUAAAGCCAUACCAGGUUAUACUGAAAGUUUAACACUUGAUCAACAAGUAACGAUGAUUGAACAAAGUUGGUUAGAUACAUUAAUUCUCGAUAUAAUCGAACGUUCAUUAGAACGUAAUGAUGAUUCAUUACAAUUUGCACCUGAUUUUAUUGUCCCACGAAAUCGUGAUUUAUCAAGUUCUAUAUUAAACUCAAUAUGUACAUAUUUAUUUAAUUUAAUUCAAGUGUUUAAAGAUCCACGUACAACACAUGAAGAAUUUAUUGCACUUAAAGCUACAAUACUUAUUAAUUCGAUACCAGCAACUAUAUCAUCAACAAAACCUUUUCGUAUAUUAACAAAUCAAAUUUAUCAAACACUACAUUUUACAUGUGAUUUAAAUCCUAGUGUAUAUCAAGAUACUUCUAUUCGGCAUUUUACACUUUUAUUGCAAUUAUCACAUAUUAAAAUGUUAAGUUCGAAAUUAAUAAGAUUAUUUUUAGACAUGCGUAAUAAUGAUUUAUUACCACAAGCUGAUCUUUUAUUAGAAAUGCUUGAUGCACAAGAUGUGUUUGAUAUAUCAUUUAAUAUGGAUGUAAAUACUUUCUCAUCACAAACAAAAACUUUCAGUCACAAUUCGUUAGAAAAUAAUAAUGCAUCAUCAUCACCAUUCUCACUCGAUAAUACAUUAAUAUAUACCGAUCAAUAUUCAACUAUGUCAGCAAUGAAAACAAAUAAAGAUCAUCUAUCGAAUUUAUCUGAAAAACGUUCAUCGUCAACUCCAGCUCUUCCAUUUUAUCAACAAACAGAUAGUAUGUCUAUAACAAAUACUGGACAUAUGUUAAAUAAUGGUUCAUCAUAUUAA